CCUAACUCUCGGGGCGCUUCCCGCCUUAGGGUGCUCCCCGCCUGGGUAGCUCCUGCAGAAAGAGCCUCUGGUGCUCCGCAGGACAAGCUCCUGGGGGACAGGCGUCUCUGCUUUGGGCGGCUUCCAGCACAAGCACCCUUUAUGCAGGCUCGGCAGUCCUCGCCGAUCUUCGGACGGCCUCAGAGAGAGCGAGGGGACAGGCGUCUGGAGCGGCCUUGCAGCCGCCUGGCUCAGCGGUCCUUUUCCAUCCAAAGGAGCUGCUGGGAUUAGCUCAGAUGACCUCAUGUCUGGAAGAGGACAGUGUACCCCCCUCAUCUACAUCCAGCAGGAACAGAUGCACCUUCUGGAUCGUUGGAGGCCCCCAGGGACAUUUCCUUCUCGUCCAUCUCCUGAAUGCCAUCCCAGCAGGUGGCUUGGGACAUGCUGGAAGAAUGCUGAGUCUGAACCAGCCUCUUGAUCGCCACGCUGCAGAGGCAGACCUGGGGAUCCGGAGGUCCACAGAGGCAGUGGAGGAGGAAGGAGCUCUCCAACGCUUCUCCUGGGCAGCGGAACGAGGAGGCAGAGGCAGCGCAGGAGAGGCUUGGCUGCUGCUGCCGCGGAUUAAGGAAGAAUGCACAGAGGGGAAAAAACAAACCCAAACAACAGCAAAUAAAAUAAAAUAAAUAAAUCCGGACCCGACAGACGAGGAAAAAGGAAGGAGAGGAGGAGGAGGACGUUGCUGCGGGGAGCCCACGCCGGUGGCUGAAGAGCGGCUGUGAAUCGUGCCUCUGUUCCCAGGGAUUAGAGCAUGAAUGGGAGCAGCUUCACAGCCGCGAUGGAGAGCAAAAGCGGCUCAGGCUCUAGGAACAAGGUUUCCUUCCAAGUGAGUCCCUGAGGUUCCUGCUGGCAGCCCCAGCAGUGUCCUGUAGAAGUGCCCUCCUGCUUCUGGUCGCAGCAGCCGAGGCCCCUCCAAACCUGCUUCUGCAAUGGGUGGGUUGUAAGCACUGGUAAUGAGGAGCUGUGGGCCCAGUCAGUCUUGGAGAUGCCGAAGAGACGAGACAUCCUGGCUAUCGUGCUGAUAGUCCUGCCCUGGACGCUGCUAAUCACCGUCUGGCACCAGAGCACCAUUGCUCCGCUGCUUGCAGUGCACAAGGAUGAUGGUGCUGACUCCCGGCGCGACCUCGCCGCGGGCUUGGACUCCAAGGAGUACUGCUUGUCGGAGCGGGACAUUGUGGAGGUGGUGAGGACAGAGUACGUUUACACCCGCCCGCCGCCGUGGUCAGACACCCUCCCCACCAUCCACGUCGUCACGCCCACCUACAGCCGGCCGGUGCAGAAGGCAGAGCUGACUCGCCUGGCCAACACCCUGCUGCACGUCCCCAACCUGCACUGGAUCCUGGUGGAGGACUCGCAGCGCCGCACGCCGCUCAUCACCCGCCUGCUGCGGGACACGGGGCUCAACUACACCCACCUCAACGUGGAGACCCCCCGCAACUACAAGCUGAGGGGGGACAUGAGGGACCCCCGCAUCCCCCGGGGCACCAUGCAGAGGAACCUGGCCCUGAGGUGGCUGAGAGAGACCUUUAACAAAAACAGCAGCCAGCCUGGCAUCGUUUACUUUGCCGACGACGACAACACCUACAGCCUGGAGCUCUUCGAGGAGAUGCGCAGCACCAGGAAGGUGUCGGUGUGGCCAGUGGCCUUCGUCGGGGGCUUGCGCUAUGAGUCGCCCAAGGUGAACACUGCAGGGAAGGUCUAUGGCUGGAAGACUGUGUUCGACCCGCACCGCCCCUUUGCCAUCGACAUGGCAGGCUUCGCCGUCAACCUCCGGCUGAUCCUGCAGCGCCCCCAGGCCUACUUCAAGCUGCGAGGAGUCAAGGGAGGCUACCAGGAGAGCAGCCUGCUGCGGGAGCUCGUCACCUUGAGCGACCUCGAGCCGAAGGCUGCCAACUGCACCAAGAUCUUAGUCUGGCACACGAGGACAGAGAAGCCUGUGCUGGUGAACGAGGGGAAGAAAGGAUUCACAGAUCCCAACGUGGAAAUCUGACUGGGCACUGCUGAAUGGAGACCAGCACCAGAAGACUUCUUCAUGCACAGCCUGCAAGGUUCCUCUCCGCAGCAUCCAGCCAGGCAGGCAUGCGGCAACCAGGACCUCUGCUGACUUCCACCCAGUUCUUAGCGUCCUCAAACCAAGCAACACCGCAUACAUAAACUCCCUGGACCCCCUCUCUGCCCUUCCUCCUGGACUCUGAGCAGAAGCAGAUGCUCUGGAGGUGGAGAAAAAAGCACAGCAAUCCCGGGACUGACGUCAGUGCAGCACCAGGCCAGCUGCCCGCCGUGGGAGGAGGGCCCGCAGGGCACCGGAGCUGCGCUGCAGGGAGCCUGGACUCAGCGGGCCUGGGAGCGAGGCUGGCAGUGCCCACAGCAGCGUGCUGGCCUCUGGUGAUUUGUUUUCCCUGAGCCACGGGGACCUGGUGGCUGUGUGUGUAACUGCACAAGCAGGUCUCUGGUGAGGGAGGGGACAGCUGCCUUCUGAGAUGGCACCUUAGCCCUUAAUCUUAACCCUCCUUUCAUCACUGCUGGCCAUGCUGCACAAGACAGGAAGGGUGCUGGGGGGGUGGUGAAAAAACAGGCAGGUUAGAACAAACCCAUCCAGGUUCUCUCUGCAGUCCCUCACCUUUCCCUUCGCUGGUUUCAUGGUUUGGAGAGUACUGACAGCUCUGGAAUGGCUUGGAAGGGACCUUUAAAGGUCAUCCAGUGCAACCCUCCUGCAGGCAGCAGGGACUCCUUUAGCUAGAGCAGGUUGCUCAGAGCCACAUCCAACCUGAUCUGGAAUGGUUCCAGGGAUGGGGCAGCUCCCACCUCUCUGGGCAACCUGGGCAGGGGUCUCACCACCCUCAGUGUAAACCUCUCCCUUCCAGUUUGAAUCUCUUUCAGUUUAAUCUCAUCCCCCCUUGGCCUGCCCAAACAGGCCCUGCUCAAACCUCUGUCCCCAGCUUUAAGCCCUGCAAGGCCACCAGAAGGGCUCCCUGGAGCCUUCUCUCCUGCAGGCUGCCCAAGCCCAACUCUGCCAGCCUGGGCUGCCAGCAGAGCCCUGCCAGCACUGCUGUGGCCUCCUCUGGCCCUGCUGCAGCAGGUCCCGGUCUGUGCUGUGGGCUCCAGAGCUGACCCAGCACUGCAGGGAGGUCUCAGCAGGCACAGCAGAGGGGCAGAAUCCCCUCCCUGCCCCUGCUGCUGGGGAUCAGCCCAGGGCAGGGCUGGCAGUGCUGGCUCAUGCCCAGCUUUGCACCCCCAGCACCCCCAAGUCCUUCUCCCCAGGGCUGCUCUCCAGCUUGUGUUGAUACUGAGGGUUGCCCUGACCCAGGUGCAGGUCCUUGCACUUGGCCUUGUUGACAGUCACACAGACCCACUUCUGAGGCUUGUCCAGGUCCACCCAGAUCCCAUCCCUCAGGUUUGUCACUCACACCACUCAGCUUGCUGUCACCUGCAAGCUUGCAAGGGAUGUGCUCAGUCCCAGUGUGCCAUUGAUACUAAACAUACCAAGCCCUGAGGGACACCACUUGGCACCUGUCUCCAUCUGGACAUGAAGCUGUUGGCCAGCACCAGCUGAGCACUGCUGCAGGAUGGAGCUAUGCUUACUGCAUGUGGUUCUCUAUCCAUCCAUGCUAAAAUCCUGGGAAGGGGUUUUGAAGGAGACUGUCAUGGCCACACACCAGGAUACUUCACCCAGGCCCAGCUCUUGGCUCUCUUGAGCUCUGGUUUGGUUCACAUCAGCAUUAAGUGUGGGACUCUGAGUGCUCCUACCUGAAGCCAAAUUUUCACUCUGAAAAAAAACAAUCAAACUGCUGAAGAGCAGAGAUUGAGCUUUAGAAGCUGAUUUUGGUGCAUUUAACCAUUCUACUGGAAUGCCUCCUUCAGCCCCAGCCCCUUUUUCAAGGCCAGGCCAUGCUACUGCAGAGCUGCUGGUGUAAAAGCCACACAGGAGCAGCUGGAGAGUUACCUUGUGAUGGAUAGAGGAGCACCUUGCAAAGGAGAUCCUGUGCUUGUUGCUCUGCUCCUUCAGCACCUGGCUGGAGGGAGGCUGAAAAGCUCUCCAAGUACAGCACCAGUCACCUCCUGCCUCUUCUGUAACUUCCAAGCAGCUGAGGCAGCACUGCUGAAAGGUUUCUCAGCUGGAACUGUGUUUUGCUUCUCCAUGAGGCACAGGACUGGGCCAUGCAGAAGCAGCACCUGGCUGCUACCACCUUGGUUGGUUGUAUCUGAACUUGACAAAUGUGCUGAGGAGAAGCCAAGGUACAACUCCUCCUCCCCACCUCCAGCCCCUUUAUGCCCCCCCACAGCUGGUGUCCAACCUUUGCCCAGCUCCCACAGCCCCAGAAUCUUUCCAGGAGGUCUGAAGCACAAUUUUAACCUUGGACUCCAGAGGGGAAGAUGUAACCCUGGGCAACAGACUUGGCUCUUUUUAGCCCUGACACCUACAACUAUUCAGAUGCUCCAGAUGUGAUUGCUAGAUUUGAUGGACUCCUUCCCAUGGAGUCUCCCUCUGGACUAAUGCCACUGUCUUCUUUCCUAGUAUUCAAAACAAGAAAAGAGGAGUAUUUGCCCCCCUAAGUUAUCUUCUCCCACUGUGCAUCAAAACCAUCAGGGAAAAGUUGCUUUCUGUAGUUCCCAGCCACGGAAGCCUUGCCAGGGUGUAGCCUUUACCAGAUGUUCCUUUAGAUGCUCUGCUGGGAGAGAAAGGAUUUGCUGCUGCACUCCAGGAGCAGGUUCUUGCUUAAAACAGCUCUCUGCAGCCAGAGUUACUCUGGUCUCCUGCCAGCCUUCCAAGCUUACUUCAGUCUGAAGAGCCCUAGAGUGGAAAGGGACAUUUUCAAAGGACCACAAAGUUUUCAGAGCUCUCCAACAGUUCCCAGCUGGUGUCAGCUCCUAGCUGCACGUUUCCUUUCAUAGGAUAGGCAAAGAAAGUGCCUCUGCUGGCUUCAGAAUGUCUUGGAGGAGGCUGUCUAGAAUCAUGGCAUGGUUCGGAUUGGAAGGGAUCAUUAAAGCUCAUCUAGUCCAACCAACCCCUUGAGACAUCUUUAUCUAGAUCAAGUUGCUCAGAGCCCAAUCCAACCUGAUCUGGAAUGUUUCCAGGGGUUGGGGCAUCUACCAUCUCUUUGGGCAACCUGAGCAAGAGUCUCAGUGUAAAAAUGGCCUCAAGUUGCCCCAGAGGAGGUUUAGUUUGGACAUGAGGAACAAUUUCUUCUCCUUGAGGGUUGUCAAGCCUUGGCCCAGGCCAGUGGUGGAGUCCCCAUCUCUGGAGGGUCUCCAAGCUGUGUGGCUGUGGUGCUGAGGGCCACAGCUCAGUGGAGCCCUGGCAGUGCUGGGUUAAUGGCUGGGUGAUCUUGGAGGUCUCUUCCAACCAGAACGAUUUUAUGAUCCUCUGAUUCUUUCAUCAUCUUAAUUCCAGUCCCUGCUGGGCUGCAACCUUCUCUGCCUGGAAGGAAGUAACCUGCAGAAAGCUGCAAAGGAUCAAGUCCUGCUGCACUCUGCCCCGAGCUGGUCACAGCCUGGCCCCUCCAAGCCUGCAGGGAGGCUGCGGUGGCGCUGGGGAGCAGAGAGCUGCUCAGCGAGGGCAGCUCUGGCCAGCAGGGAGGGUUUUAGAGCUGCAUUCUCUGUUCUGUUUUAACCAAGCUGUACUUAAAUUUGUUAAAUAAAGCGAUGGUUUCUAAGA